AUCUUGAUCGGGCUUUUCUUCAUUCCCCCCAUCACUUAUUUUAAGUUUAUGGUGAUAAACUUUAACUUUUCAAAUUAUAAAAUUCAUAUCCAUAAUUCAAAGCCUUAAACUAUUGCUAUUAUACACUGGAUUUACAACCUAUACGACCUCUUUAAUAACUUGUCUUGAUCAAAAGUUCUCUCUCGUUAUCGGGAGGGGGAAUUAACUAUAGAGGCUUGCGCCUAUUGGAAACCAGAAUUCAGAUCAUAAAGUCCUCAUAAAAUGUGGGCAAAAUCUCCGGGUAAUGUCUUAUUUAAAACCAAAUCUGCCUUCUUAAAAUUCACCCAGAACUUAAGCUUGUUAAAACUCUCCGCCGUCACGCUAUCAACAAACAAGAAAGAAGACAGUCCGGAGAGGCCGGUGCGCGUCGAAGUUUCGUAGCCCACAUAUAUUUAGGUCAAAAUUGAUUGUAAGUUUGGAUUUUUUUUUUUUUGCGGCGAGAAUGGAACUAAUUUUAAUUUUGCUUUCGAAUGUUUAUCAUUUCAACUAAAAGCUAAAGUUAAAAUUAAUGAUUAAUGGUGUCAUGCCAUAUAGUAAGACAGGUGAUUUAGUUCUUUGGCAAAUUUAUGAAUAAUAUUUCAACUUUAAAGUCAUCUUUAUUACAUGUUAUGCUUUGAGUCUAGAACAUCUGAGCAUGCGGUCAAGAAUGACAGUAUUUAGCUCACUAUUAUCUGUGAUUUUAUGUCGAAGGUUUUCUUUAUUAAAGUAUCACCGACAGGCUAUUAGCUUAACCGUUGCAGCACGCCCUUGAUAAUUGCAUCUUCAUGUGUGGAUUGAAUUUCACUCUAUUGGGCGUGCUCGGGGUAGAACCGUAGAAAUGUGUUAUAAAUGGAUUUCCGUAUUAUUAAACCUUUAGCUUUAAAUUAUUUUUUUCCUGUUAGCGGUGAUAUAAAGUAAUCUGGUUGAAGCAUACAGAUCCUAAUGCAUUGUACGAUAAUUCAUUUUGUGUUGAUAUGACUGACAAGUUUCUGUAGUAUUUGUUUUCAUGUUGAUCUAAAUUAAUUUGGUUGGUACGCUUUACUGAUUCCUAUUUGCUUUCAUGUGCGGUCCUUGAUCUACUUUGUUUCUAAUGAAAGCCAAAAGGGUGAUCACAUGCAUAUUUUUGGCCAUAACCUCUUUUUUUCUUCCAGAUUCAGUCGCUUUAAUAUCUUCUCCAGUGUGACCCAAUCCGCUAAUUGGCUUUUUCUGUUGUGACCAAUGCAAUGUUAAGGUACGUAUGCUUUGUUUCUCUUUCAAGUGACCCUUAAGUCUGAUAAUAUUUUUGAGAUAAUUAAAAAGUUAUUAUGUUUUUAUUUUUUAAAAAAUCACGGUAUGAUAAUUUUUUAACUGUACAAGCAUUUUCUUAGCGGCUUCAUCAUUGAGGGUGUAACUCGUCAGGUUUUUUGUAGGGCUAGUGAUUUUAUUUUUGAUACAAAAACAAAAUUAUGCUUUCAUUUUUUUUAGGGAAAGAAUAAAAUAUUCCCUUGAUAUUUUAUAAGGCCCAAAAUGAUUCCGACUAUUUAAAGUCUCAUUUUAGUCUCUUGACUUUUUAAGUAGGGACCUUAAUGAUCCAUGCAAGGGCAGAACUGUGUACUGCCCGUCUCCCUAAAAAAAUAAAAUUAUUAGUAUAGUAAGGGUUAUUUGUAAUAUGCGCCCUCUGAAUUUUAUUUUUUGCCCCAAGCCGACUUUUUUUUCACGCAAUUUGCCCCUCUAAAAAUCGGAAAGCAUCUUGGCUUUCCGCUAUUUUUAUUCAAUUAUGUUGAAUUUUUGUAACACUAACAAAUAAGUCUGUGAAAAAUGAUUAUUUGCAAAAUAAAUUAUUUUGCACUCUUAUAUAUAUUUUAAUUUUUUUAUAAAUUUGCCACUUGCCUCUCCUGAGAACUAAGGCUAGUUUUGACCCUGGGCAUCCAUGAAUUGGUUAAAUAAGAGUCAAGAGAUCAAAUUAUUGGAUAUAGUUGGGGAUUAUUUUGAUUAUUCAGAAAAAAUUAUAGGACCAGUUCAAUCCUUUAUCUAUUUUUUUAUUAUUUUGGCGGCGUUGAUCUGUGCUGGAAGAAAUAAAAUCAAUUCCACCCAUCUUAUCUCACAAGGAAGGAUGAGUUCGGUUAAUUUUUGGCAUAUUAUUAUUAAACCAUGGAAAAUGUGCACAUACACGAUUUUCUGCAAAAGGAAAAUUUGAUAUUUGAAACUUUUUAAAACUCAAUCACACUAAGAUUGUAUUGUGCCACGGAGUGACUAAGGUUUCGUUUGGUUAUUCAAGCGAAUGGAGUUUUCUAACGGAGAAAUAAAUAUAAAAAAGUUUCUCAAAACAGUAAAAAAUAAAGUUCCCUAAAAAGAUAAUUUUGCCGUUUUUGAACAGAAAAAGGUAAAAAAACUCCGAAACAAAUGAGGCCUAAUUGACAAAUUUUUUUGUGCAUCGCCCAAUAAACUUUGAUGAGAUAGAUGUUAAGAGUAAACACAGAAUUUCUCAGCAUUCAUUUUCUUGAACAUCAGCAUAUAAGAAAUUGAGCAAUAACCUGGCUUCCAAAUCUCUCAAACUGUGCCUUGCCAGCAGAAGGCAGAAAAAAAAAGCCUCGUUCUAUGCUUUCCAUUUCUUCUUCGUUAUUUGAUGGUCCCACAUAUCAGAGCAUAAAAAGCAUUAUGGUGGAGUCCAGAGGGAUGCAUGAAAUGGACGUCAGAGAUUUGGUCGUGUUACCGUGUAAGCUUUUGUUGUGUGAGGAGUACGCCUUAUUUCUGUUGAUUGAUGAAGCAAAGUAACUUGGGGCGAACAAGCCUGUAAUAUAUAUAUAUUACUUGUGCAAUUAUUCUACCGGGAGCAGCAAGGCAAAGCAAUUAAGGAGAAGAUGGGCACCUCUGCUAAUGAAACGGAGGAGACAUCGGCUCUUGGUUUCUGGCGGCCGGAGACUUUUUCCAUUGUAGUUACAGAUGAGCUGAGGAAGAUUGGCAUGGUCAUGGAGGAUCCAGGUUACAGGGAGAAGGACUCAUGGUUUACCCGCCUCUUUCUUCGUCCCAACCCCUCCAUUGCUCGUUACAUAUACGCCUUCAUCUUCCUCAUCACAAGUCUCCUUGCAUGGACUAUUCGAGAUUAUGGCCACGCAGUGCUCUCAGAGCUUCGCAGGCUGAAAGGAUGCCAUGGCGCACGCUACUGCUUGGGAACAGAAGGCGUGCUUCGUAUUAGUUUUGGCUGUUCUAUGUUCUUCUUUGUCCUAUUUUUUACUACUGUGGGCACAAAGAAGGUGAAGGAUGCAAGGAAUUCAUGGCACUCUGAGUGGUGGUUAGCUAAGAUGCUCAUGUGGGUGUCUUUCAUGGUUGUUCCCUUCUUCAUUCCAUCAAAGUUUUUUAUGAUCUAUGGAAAGGUGGCGCAUGUCGGUGCAGGUGCCUUCCUUGUUAUUCAACUCAUUAGUGUGAUAAGCUUCAUUAAUUGGUUGAAUGAUUGCUGCCAUUCAGAGAAAUAUGCAGAGAGAUGCCACAUCCAAGUGAUGAUCAUCACAAUGGCUGCAUAUGUUGCAUCCAUUGUGGGAUGCAUCAUGAUGUAUGUAUGGUAUGCACCUGAGCUAUCAUGCUGGCUUAAUAUCUUAUUUAUCAGUCUUACUCUUUUGCUCCUGCAAAUUAUGACUUUUAUCUCAGUACACCCUAAGGUAAGAGCUGGAUACUUGGCACCAGGGCUGAUGGGUGCUUAUACAGUUUUUCUUUGUUGGAGUGGAAUUCGGAGUGAACCUCAAACAGAGAUCUGCAACCAGAAAGCAGAAGUUGGAAACGGUUCAGACUGGCUCACCAUUGUGAGUUUUGUUAUUGCGAUACUCGUCAUCGUUGUCGCAACAUUUUCAACAGGAAUAGAUUCCAAAUGCUUUCAGUUUAAAAAGAUUGAAAGGAGUUCUGAUGAUGAUGUGCCAUAUGGAUAUGGAUUUUUCCAUUUUGUCUUUGCCAUUGGUUCCAUGUACUUUGGGAUGCUCUUUAUUGGCUGGGAUGUGCAUAAAAACAUGCAGAAAUGGACAAUAGAUGUUGGCUGGGCAAGUACCUGGGUAAGAGUUGUGAAUGAAUGGCUAGCAGCAAUUAUCUUUGUGUGGAUGAUGCUUGCACCACAAGUCUGGAAAGGGAGAUCAGAAACAACAUAAAGAAGCUUUGAACAAGGAAGAUAAAGCAAUCAAGCUACAUCUCCUGAUUUAUGGUGGCUAUGCUGCAGAGCAAAUAUGACAGUUCAAUUCCAAACUGAAAACAUGCAGAGAAAAUUUAGCAGAAUCUUUAUAAGCAGUACUGUAAAAUCACAGUUCAGUCAAUAUAAUUUAUCGAAUACAAUGAAUUACAGAA